AUGGUCGUCAAGGCCGGUCUCCUCUCGAACAGCCUUCGGCGGUUCAUGGCUCAUCCCGCCGUCACCUUUGCCGGGCAGGGGCGGCGUGCGGCGGCAGCUAAGGGCAGGGGUGGCGGCGCGGUGGCAGCGUGCAGCGGCGACGGCGGCCAGUACAGGGGGGGGGAGCAGGAGAACGGGGCGGCGGUCACAGCGAGCUCGUCGCCAGUGAGUGCGUCCUGGAGGACCCGCCUCGAGGUGCUGCUGGGCGCGGCCCGGGCCAUCGAGUACUUGCACCGUGGUGCGGAUCCGCUGGUCAUCCACCGCAAUGUCAGCUCCUCCAACAUCCUCCUGGACGCAAGCUGGACGCCGCGCCUGUCCGGCUUCGGCUCAGCGGUGUUUCAAGAGGCCGGCAGGGAGCACGGCGGCCAGCCCGUCGGGGAGGUCAUGGGCACGUUCGGGUACAUCGACCCGGCGUACAGCUACACGACGCACAUCAGUCCGGCGAGUGACGUGUACAGCUUCGGGGUGGUGAUGCUGGAGGCGCUGACGGGGAGGCCGCCGGUCAUCUACGGCGUGACCCUCCUCGUGGACUCCACGCUCCCCAACUUACAGAGUGGAAAGCUGCGGGAUGUGCUGGAUCGCCACCCGGCGCUGCAGCCAACGCCACGUCAGCUAGAGGCACUGGAUCUCGUGGCACAAACGGCGAUCCGCUGCCUGUGCCCGCGCGGGCACAAUCGGCUGGCCAUGUCGGAGGUCGUGGCCAAUCUCCAGAGGGCACUCGAGAUCAUACGCAACAAUGAGCCAAUGCCAUGGGGACGCGCAAGCCUCAUUUGA